AUGCCGGAUGUGCGGGUUACACAGCGCUCGGUUCGUAAAUCACUCUUCUCCCUGGACGUCAGCAAGUCGAGUGGGCGCGAUGGAGUCCCUCCCAUUGUGCUGAAGACGUGUGCUCCGGAGUUGGCACCGGUUUUAACGCGUCUUUUCCGAUACUCCUACUCCCAAGGCGUAGUCCAGUAUUCAUGGAAGACAGGUUUGGUUCACCCGAUCCCUAAAAAAGGCGACCGCUCAGACCCGUCCAACUACAGGCCUAUUGCCAUCACCUCCUUGUUCUCCAAAAUAAUGGAAUCCAUUAUAAACAGCCAGCUCAUGAGGUACCUUGAGGAUCACCAGCUGAUUAAUGACCGCCAGUACGGUUUUCGUCGAGGUCGAUCAGCUGGUGAUCUUCUAGUCUAUCUGACUCAUAGAUGGGCGGAGGCAGUAGAGUCCAAGUGGGAGGCAUUGGCCGUUAGUUUGGACAUAGCGAAGGCCUUCGAUCGGAUCUGGCAUAAAGCGCUUCUUUCGAAGCUUCCUUCCUAUGGGCUUCCCGAGAAAUUGUGCAAAUGGAUCACCAGUUUCCUUGCUGAUCGGAGCAUCAAGGUCGUAGUAGACGGUGCAUGCUCUGAUUUCAAGCCUAUCAACGUUGGUGUUCCACAAGGCUGCGUGCUAUCACCAACGCUGUUUCUCCUGCAUAUCAAUGAUAUGUUGCUAACUAGUAGCAUUCAUUGCUAUGCAGACGACAGCACUGGUGAUGCCUUAUAUACCGGCCGUGCCAAUAUUUCUCGCGAAAACGUCGCUGAGUACCGGGACAAACUUGUGUCUGAAGUCGAGUCUUUACUUAACAAAGUCUCGGAUUGGGGCCGACUAAAUCUAGUCCAGUUCAAUCCCCAGAAGACACAAGUUUGCGCGUUUACCGCUAAAAAGAACCCCUUUGUCGUAUCUCCUCAGUUUCAAGGCACUCCCCUUCUUGCCUCUGCCAGUAUCGGUAUCCUCGGAGUUGACAUAUCGAGUGACGUGCAGUUUCGUGGUCACUUGGAAGAGAGGGCCAAAUUGGCCUCUAAAAAGCUUGGCGUGAUCAGCAGAGCGAGACAGUAUUUCAUGCCGGCACAUCGCUUGCAACUUUACAAAGCGCAAGUUCGGCCCCACAUGGAAUACUGUUCUCAUCUUUGGGUCGGGGCACCCCAGUGCCAGCUCCUUCCACUUGACCACAUCCAGCGUAGAGCGAUUCGAAUCGUCGACGACCGAGUUCUUUCUGAUCGGCUCGAUACACUGGCACUGCGUAGAGAUGUUGUAUCUCUUUGGGAACCUUCAAGAAAAGAACUUACACCUUUCUUAAAGGCCGGCAACGCAUCUGCAACUCCCCUGAUAUUGCAGUUGUUCAUGGGUGGCGGUAGUCACUUACCAUCACGUGAGCCGCAUGCUCGUUUGCCCCCUCUUCUAUAA